CAGAAAGAAAUUCAGUCGAUAUUAAUAUUAUUACAAUGGAACGUUGGCAAAAUCGUGUUGCUGUAGUAACUGGGGCCAGUUCAGGAAUUGGUGCAGCUAUUGUCAAGGAUUUGGCUAAGGCUGGUCUAAUUGUAGUGGGACUUGCAAGAAGGGUUGAAAAAGUUGAAGCAUUGAAAAAAGGAUUAACCAAAGAACAACAAAAUCGAGUUCAUGCUGUCAAGUGUGAUGUUUCUAGUGAGAGUUCAGUUAAUUCUACAUUCGAAUGGAUUGUAAAGACAUUGGGUGGAGUUGAUAUAUUGGUAAAUAAUGCUGGUAUGACAAAUCCUGGAAAAUUAUCUACAAUGGAUAUUUCGAAAGUUCGUCAAGUGAUUGAUACAAAUGUUUUGGGUGUGAUACAAUGCACACAACAUGCUUUCAAAAGUAUGAAAGAGCGUAAUUUCGCUGGGCAUAUUUUGAUUGUAAAUAGUAUUUUGGGACACACAAUACCGGUGAUGCCAGGGAAUGUUGAAAUGAACAUUUAUCCGCCAACAAAAUAUGCAAUUACUGCUAUUACCGAGAUCUAUCGACAGGAAUUUAAAGGACUCGGGACAAAAAUUAAAAUCACAAGCAUAAGUCCAGGAUUAGUUGACACAGAAAUCGUUAGCGACAAAAUAAAAAAACAUUUUGGAGAUUGCAUUCUUAGAUCAGAAGACAUUUCGAGUGGAGUUAUGUAUGCAAUAUCCACUCCACCCCACGUUCAAGUGCAUGAAUUAACAAUAAAGCCAGUUGGAGAAUCUAUGUGAUACAAAAAAUAACAAAAUUAAGAUAUUACUGAAAUGUGUUGUUUAGAACAUAUAAUAAGCACAGCUACCUAACAUUUAUGUACAUUUUUAUAAAAACAAAUAAAAAAUUCUAUUAUACUAAAA